AUGACGAAGAAUGGGACAACCAGGUUCAAGGACAUCAUUUCUAAGACCACACUGAUCUGUUCAGGACCUCCUGCUAUCUACCAGGUGGAUCCAAAGAAAGAAAUGAUUGGGACUCUGACCAAACUGACGAUUGGGGAGAAAAAUUUAAACAAGACAAACAGAACCGUAUUACUAGUUGGUGAAACAGGGGCAGGAAAAUCUUCUCUGGUCAAUGCUUUAGCCAACUACGCAAUGGGAGUGAAGUUUGAGGAUGACAUAUGGUUUCAGAUUGUGGAUGAGAAGAAAAUAAGUCCGACACAAAGUCAGACAUCAGAUGUGAUAGUGUAUCAGAUCUUUGGUUUUGAAGAUCAGAUUCUACCGUUCUCUCUGACCAUCAUUGAUACUCCAGGAUAUGGAGAUACCAGAGGACCUGAACAUGAUGACAUAGUCAGUGAAAGACUAUUAGAGCUGUUUGCAUCAGAACAUGGAGUUAUUGAAAUGAAUGGAGUGGGUCUGGUGAUGAAGGCGAGUGAUAACCGACUGAGUGAUCGACUGUGUUAUAUCCUAAAUUCAGUGAUGUCUCUUUUUGGGAAAAAUAUUGUGAACAAGAUUGUUGCUCUGAUCACACAUUCAGAUGGACGAAAACCGGAAAAUGUCCUUAAAGCUCUUCAGAAAAAAGUAAUUAAAUGUGCAAAAAAUGAAGAAAAUGAGGCUGUUCACUUCCUGUUCAACAACCGCCAGGAGGAUGACAGAACAGAAGAUACUGAAUAUUUGAUACAUCUUAGCAAGAUAUCAGAGAGAGGUUUCAGAGAAUUCACUGGUUUUCUAGAAAAAUCAGAUUUUCUAAGACUGAAGACAACAACUAAAGUUCUGAAGGAACGCAGAAAACUGACGGCCUGUGUCCAGAAUCUGGAAGACAGAAUUAAGAGGAUUGAACUGAAGGAGACAGAAAUCAAGCAGAUUAAAGAAGCUCUGAAGAGAGCUGAGGAUAAGAAGAAUCGAGAGGUCAUGGUCGAAAUAGAUGAGGUUUUUCAAGCGAAGAUGCAAAUUAGAAGUGGAGGUUGGUUCUCUAAGGAAAAAGCUCUCUGUUGUACCGCCUGCGAGGAGAACUGUCACUAUCCCUGUACGAGGGGCUCAAAUCCUGCAGAAUGUGAAAUCAUUCGAAAUGGUCAUUGCACUGUCUGCACUGGAAAGUGUCCUGAAUCGGCUCAUGUUAAAGAAAACUGGACCUAUGAGACGAAAACAAGAAGAGUUCAAAAGCCAAGUCUAGUGGUAAAACAGAUGUAUGAAAAGGAGAAAUCAGAAACUCUGAACAGCUUGAACAGCUGUUCAGAUCAUCUGAAAGAGCUUCAAACACAGAAGACACAGUUUCUUGAUGAGGCCUACAAGCAUAUCGUCAGGCUGGAGGAGAUCGCUCUGAAUGUGAAUUCAGUUUACACCUUUCGUCAUGUCGACUUUCUGAUUGAGAAGAUGAAGGAGAAAGGAGACACAGAGAAGCUUAAGAAACUGGAGGAGAUUAAAAUUCUGAUGGAUGGAGAAGCCAGAGCAGCUUUAGCAUGA